AUGGUGCGGCACUACGUAAAAAAAAGAUUGCCGGCAGCUUACACCAAGGAAACCUUGCUGGAAGCUGUGCAAGCCGUCCGGAGUAAGCGUUUCACGCUGUAUAGCGCGGCCAAAUACUACAAAAUUCCAAAGACAACAUUAUGCAACCGAGUCCACGGGAAGAGAGGAGUAAAAAGCUCGACCGGCGGAAGACCUACUGCUUUACCGCUGGAGGUGGAGGCCAGGUUGGCAACUAAUAUCAAGACCAUGGAGAAGUGGGGUUUCGGUCUUUCGAAACCGGAAAUAGUUUCAGCCAUAGAACAGCACGUUAAGAAGACUGGCUUGAAAACCCCCUUCAAAGAUUCAGUUCCUGGAGAUGACUUCUUCGUAAACUUUAAACGUCGAAACCAAUUGUCGCAGAAAAAACCUCAGGCAGUUGAGGUAGCUCGUAAACAAUGUGUGGAUCCCUUCGCAAUAGCUGAUUACUUCGAGCUGUUGAAAGAAGUUACCCAGCAUCUUCCACCGGACAGAAUCUAUAAUAUGGACGAGACCAGUUUUUGCCUGGAUCCAAGCAGGGUACUAGUCGUCGGAGAAAAAGGAAAAGCUGCACACAGGGUGACAGCUGGUCCAGGACGUGAGAACUACUCUGUGCUGAUGGGUGCCAAUGCUGCAGGAGAUAAAUUACCACCGCUUAUCAUUUUCAAAGCCAAAAACGUGUGGGAUUCUUGGCUAGCAGACAAGAAGAUAGAAUAUCCUGGGAUGUCGUACGCUGCAACGCCCAAUGGUUGGAUGGACACAGAAACCUUCACCAACUAUUUCCGAUCCACUUUCCUGAAAAGUAUCCCAAAGACAAGACCGGUCGUGUUGAUCUACGACGGACAUUCCUCGCAUACUUCUCUUGAACUUGUUGAACAAGCACUGCAAGAAAACGUCGUGAUUUUAAAGUUACCUCCUCACACCAGUCACCUUCUGCAGCCGAUGGAUUUGUCGGUCUUCAAACCGCUGAAGCAGAAAUAUGACGAUGCAAUCGUGAAAUGGCAGAGAAAAAACUAUGGCAUUAAAUUGAACAAAUCAACAUUUGCUGGCAUAAUUUCAGAUGUUUGGACCCAAUGCAACCAAGAAAUUAUAAAACACGGAUUCCGCAAAGCUGGGAUUUACCCGUUUUGCGCAGAUGUUAUUCCACAGGAUAAGUAUGAUCCGUGGGCGUUAAAGCGAUUUCAGCUUAGCCGCCUUUCUAACGCCGCGGUUCCGUCCGCUGAAGAAAGCUGGGAUUUAUUUGAAGCAGGUCCUUCAAAUCUGGAUUACCAGGCUCCAAAGGAAUCAGUCAUGAGUGACCAGAAAAAUGCACCUUUCGACGAGAAUUCAUUCGAGCUUAUCCUUCUGGAACAUGUUAAGCAAAAUCGAUCAACGCAAAAUGUUAAAAAAAGAAAAGUUUGUCCUGGGGCUGAGGUCAUCACGUCUGAAGAAGCAAUCCAGAGAAUGAGAAAUAGCGUGAAGCAGGAGAAGAUCAGACCGUUGCCAAAAGUUUUGGAUACAGGACAGCACGAUAUCGUCGAUAAUACAAAACCGACCCGGGCAAAGAAGCCUAAGAAAGCAACGCCAAAAUUAAUCAAACGGAAACUAGAUAAUCUGCCACAUCCUAGUGAUGAAGAAACGAAGCCGACUAAGCCUAAGAAGAAGAGAUUGAUUUAA